AGAGGAAGUUGAACUCUGGCGGUCGGUCCGUGCUGCAGCCAUGUUGAAUAGUUGUAACAAACUAGGAGACAACUGUCAAAAGACAGACUUUUACACGGGGGUAAAGACAGACUUUUACACGGGGGUAAGUGAAUCAUUACAGAGGCCUUUCACACUGGCUUGAUAAAAUCUGUUGCUAAAAAUUAAUUCAUUCACCGGUGCAUUUAAUUUUUUGUUUCGUGAAUCGGAAAAAGGGGCGGUGCCUGUUGUUUUGUCGUUAAGACUAGGCGUGAUUUGAUCUGCAAAUAGGAGGACUCGUCAUAUGUGAUGACUUAAGAGGGGAUGGGAUAGAAAUAACCCCAAUGAAAUGUUGCACUUGAUUUAAAAACAAAAAAAAUCCAUGACUUAAAACUAAAUAAAAUGGAUCAGCUCCUCCAAAUUGGGUUGUAAUCUCCUUGUCUCGAAAUCCCUACCCACUCCCCACCCCCUUUUCUUCAACAACACACAACAACAACAAAUAUUUUUAAAAUCGCUAUUCGUUGACAUUUUCAUAAACACGAUCCGACCUAGGCCUACACAGACGGGUCUGACACGAUCCGACCUAGGCCUACACAGACGGGUCUGACACGAUCCGACCUAGGCCUACACAGACGGGCCUGGUGAUAUGAUAUCUCUUUACUUCAUCAAUAAAAGUUGUAUGAUCUAUUUUAGUAUUAACUAGCAUGAACUAAUAUUAAAUAGUUUUCUCCUGCCUUCAUUUGGUUUAAUAUUAAUAGCGUUCAGGCCUACACAAAACAACAAACACAGUCAAGUCAUGCGUUAAGCCCAGUUUAUAAAUACCGGGAGGCAGUCAACAAGAAAUAAAUCAAGGGUUAAGACAAAAUUUCUAAUAGAAAUAGAACGACAUUUAUUAAAUUAAAAUAGAAAUUCUAUGUCUAUUACAUCAUAUGUGUCAAACUCAAGGCCCGCGGGCCACAUGCGGCCCACCGUAAAAUUAUAUCAGGCCCGAGAGGUCUUGUCCGGAUUACAAUUAUAUUUGGCCCGAGAAAUAAUUUUAUGCAAAAAUAUAUUUUGAUGUUCCUGCGAUAUAAAGUCCAACUCAAUUGACUAAUUAGCAGCCUUACCGAACGAUAGGCUACCUGAGAGCGUUCUCCCUUCGAUCAGAAUAAGCGAAAAUAAAAGUUGUGUAGUCGUUACAAUAACCUGGCAACGUUCAGCUGCUCGUUUUUGGAUUGGCGCAUAAGAAAUGAAAGUGGUGUAGUGCCCGGAUAUUGCAUCACAUUUCCCCGCUUCGGAUAAGGGUUACGUGACAUCAAUCUUCAUCUUCUAUAUAUUAAGGCCCCCAUGAUCAAUUUAUUAAUAAUUUUGGCACCUAUGCAUGUAGAUGCGAUUUGAAAUGUUUCUGUGCCUGGUGUUGAUGAAGAUAUUUCACUGAUUGCAGGCGUCUGUCCGUAGAUACAAUUUUUUUUAAAAAUCAAAGCUAGCCUUAAAAUGACCAAGAGAAAAGUUGAUUCUGAAAACAGGGCCCUUUAAAGUCAUUGUGAGGCUUUUUGUCCGUACAUGGCAUCCAGAAGAUCUGUUAAGCUUAGCGUAUAGAAUGUUUUUCCUGUUCGGCCCACAACCUUACGUGUGAUUUGAGAUUAAACUUUAAAUUCAGUCUAUACAAGGUACCCAUAUAAAGUGAUUUCAAGAAUGAAAAUAUGCGCAAAUCAAAUGACGGAAAGAAGAAUGAUACAUCCGAUAGUCAACAAUAAUUAACGUGCGUUGACGCAUGUGGGCCUCCGAUUGGCCAAACCUUUAUUAGAAAUUUAUUACAGUCUACUUUGUCAAGAUUCAAACACUCAAAUUUAAUUGAAGCAUUGUGAAGGAGCAAGGUACUUAAUAUAUCAAUUUGCGCGAGGUACUACGUUAGAGAUAUGUCUUGGUGCUUCUUUCUUUACUCUGCUUUAAUGUAGGCUAUUCCUUUUAUAGUAUUAAGGGAUGACUCUAUGUCAUUGAGUAGGACCUAGUUUUUAGGUAACUUUCAUUUAUUUCUUUUAUUUACCUUCCAGGUUAUGUAAACCAUUCAUCACUAGGAAGAGUGUAAUUUAAUGUAAAACUGACGUCACACUGUGUAGGCAACCAACCAUGACCAUAGAUACACAACUUGCCCUUGGAAUAGUCAGCUGUCUAGGACACUCUUGGCCGGAGAAGGUCUUCUGUGACAUCACAGUGGCCAUCGAUGGUCAAGAAUUCAAAUGCCACAGAUUUCACUUGAGUGCUUGCUCCGAGUUUUUUAGAGUUCUCCUUGGUUCUAAUCUGUCCUUGGAUUAUUUGAUUAUUAAAGGAAUUAGUCCGGACAUAUUUGAACUUAUCCUGGACUCAAUUUAUAAAGGAGAGAUCAGAAUAACAGCAGACAACAUGAUAGAUCUUUGGUACGCUGCCAAUCAACUUGAAAUUAGAUUUUUACUUGAAGAAAUUGAAAACUUCAUCAUUUCAAAUAUAUCAAAUGAUAAUUACUUGCAUAUCUUUGAUGUUGCCCAUGAUCUUAAAGCUGCUCGAGUUUUGACAGGCGUAUGUGAGGCAUUGAUUGUGAACUGGGAGAAGUUUAGACAAGAUCAUCGGUUUCUAACUUUAUCAUGUGAAGAACUUCAAACCAUUAUUCAAAAUGCAAAUACAAUAUCCUCUGAUGAGUUGGUAGAAUCCAUUCUUAUAUGGACAAAUUAUGAAUUUACAGCUCCAAUCAAGAACAAUAUUCAAAACUUCCCUUUCUCCAAAGGAAUAGACGAUGAUAAUAAAUUUGUGGAGGUAACAUUGAAGAGUACAGUUAACCUUGAUAUUAGUGACAAAAUAAUCGACUAUAAUCACUUAACUAGUAUCAAUAGAAAGGAAAUAAUUGGCAAACUUCUAGAAAAUGUCAAGCUUGACCUCAUUAGCCUGCAAGGUCUUAAAAAAUUGUUGUGUGAUGAUACCGUCAUGGAUUGCAAGGAAGCACGUGACCUAGUCCGUAAGGCUUUAGCGUCUAGUCUAGAGCGUACAUAUACUACAGCCGCUGUUCCAGAGACCCCCCAAUCGAAUGAGUCAAAAGUAGAUGGCCUAAUGCCUUGUGUUUUAUUUUUUGAUUGGACUCUCCAACUGAAAGCUUUUAGUUUCAACUCAAAUACGUUUUACUCUUUGAAGUUAAUCUUCAGCAAAUGGCAUGAUGAUGCUUCAUUAACUGAUCAUUUCGUGAUUGAAAACAAUCUUUAUGUUGUAAUAAAUUAUUUAAAUCCCGUGCCUUAUCGUGUCAUCAACAAAAUUUCCCCGGACUGGACCAGUGAAACCAUUUAUUCUUUUAAGACAAAUUACACGGAAAUUGUUAUUGGUUGCGGUAACUUCUUGUACAGAUUCAUCAACCAUCUGAGGAGUGUAACGAUUGUAAGAUGCAAACUUGGAAGUCAAGUGUGGAAUGAGGUGGGAAAGUUUGACAAGACUGGAGAAAUUUCAUGCGUCUUUUGUUUCCGAGAUAUAAUUCUGGUGUAUGUUUCUGAGAACAAUAAAACUGAAAGCUUCACCCACUUCUACUACUUUGAUACAACAGAAAGAAUUUCAAGAUUAUAGUGAAACUUAUUUGUAAUUCUUCUACAUUGUCAACUUUUAUAAUGGGUGAGAAAAUGUAUAUUUUACAUGAAACUGGUAGAAUAUGGGAAGUUGUCAGAAGUGACAAAGUGGAAAUGGUCUAUCGUGAACAAAUUCGGGAUUUUAAUCUGAGGGUUUUGGGGGUUUUUGUACACAACAAUUCUCUGUUUGUCUUCUGUGACUUACAAAGUGCAUUGCAACCCUUGCCAAGAGUUUGCUCCCUUGGAGCUAUUAAAUAUGUUAACGCUUUCAAUGUCAACAAAAAAUGUCAACACAUGCACGUGCCCAAAUCCUGGUUAACUGAUGAAAUAUGAAGAAAAAAAAGCGCCAAGUAAAUGGUAAAAUAGUUAAGAAAGACAACUCUUAAUUAUAGAAGUCAAGGUUAUUGUGCUUGGUUCUUGAAACUUUUGUCUGUAAGCAUUUCGUCACCUAUGUAGGUCUAACCAGGAAUUGUGAAAGAUCUUACUUAAGAAAAAUAUUCUCUCCAUUUCCAUCCUAAGGAAUUAUUGCCUUUAUCGGUUUGAAAACAGAUGAAAUUAUACAUGUAAAUAUCGAUGGCAUUUAUGAACUAAAGCUAGUACUAAAUAAUCAACUUUUAUUUCUGACCAUAGUCAAACAAGCCAGUAUGUUAUACAAUAAAAUUGUAACAGUUUCAAUGCAAAGUUUAAAAAUUAGAUAACAUCCUGACAGUUAUUUUAAUAAUUGGCUGUGAAAGUUGAUGCCAAGACUCAAGUAACUCUUGUAUAAUGUUACUUUCUGUCAGAUAUACGAAUACAAACACAUCAAGUAUGAUGUGUUUAGAUAGUUUUAGCAAUUUUGUGUGUUCGCGCGUGUGUGUGUGUGUUCUACUUGACUUCUGCUAUACUUGACUUCUGUACACCGUGUUAUUUUAUUUUAUAAUAAAAUAAACUGAGGUUCUAGGUUUUUGUAAAAACGUUUGUAUUUGUUUAUGCUCAUCAUAUUAAUCUGACCUAUUGAAUGUUCAUUUUCAAUUCUUGUCAACCAAGUUUCAGCGCUGCAGUUCAGUUUUAUUUAAAUUUGUUGUUAGAAUUCACCAGCAACAUUUUUGUUGUAAAUCAUUAUGCUUUAUAAUGUUAUAGUCUUUACACCGGUAUAUGUAUAACACAACAUAUUGUCAGACUUUCUGCAACUUUUGUUGUCUACGUUGUUGAAUUUCAUUUGCUUGUCAUUUUACAUUGACAUUCAACCAUUCUUUCGUCACUGUAAGUGACCUUGACCUUGAACCCGAAGGCGUGUGAAUAAAUUCAAUCUGUGGAUUUCUUGAAGAUAUAUUAUGUUUGUAUAUUCAUCCAUGGUCAUGUCAGCAAAUAAUUAAACAAGUAUCUGCAUACAAGAGAACCAAUUUGAUAUCCAAAUGUGAUCAUUUUAUUAUCUAG